GUCGUUCAGUGUUUAGAGAGCCGGAUCUCUUCCCACGCUGUCCGCUGGAGUUAUUUACCCGUCAGUGUGGAGCUGAUACCACCCGACAGAUUUAUACAAACUCCCUGCACCUGGAAGAGAUUCAGGAACUUUCUGUAUUUGUGUUCAUUUAACCUCCAGCUUUGAGUUUUCCAGCUCUUGAACGCAGCACUGUGUAACAGCUGGCUUUGAUCAGAGGUGGAAACAGCAGACAUACUCUGGUACCGCAGCGUCAAAAUGUACUUAAAGUAUUAAAAAGACAGCUGCUGCGUUGGACAAAGACUUCUUGGUUUGUCUGCCUGACAGCAGGAGACACGGCUGAGAGGAAAUCUGUUACAACCAUCAAAUCUCAGCUGGAGUCUGGCUUUAACUGAAGUUGAACUCUGUUCUGUCUCAUCACACUGGGACACUCACCUGGACAGGUACAUCCAAGGGUGGAAAAGGUUAGUUUGUCCCGGAGGUGGCGCCAGAGGAGACUGAAGACAUUAGGUGCGUUCGAGAUGACUGCGGCUGACUGUCGCCAACUUCAUAGUCCAACGUGAGCUCAAGGCGACUACAGAGGCGGGGUCUAAAAACGGCGCUGUCAAGUCAGACACAUUCUUCCUGCGUGAGCUUACUGUGAGCUGAGGUCACUGAGUGAGCACACAAAAGGUGGUUCCAACUGUGCAGCCGGAGAAAACCGCCUUGUUCCCAUGAGGUUUUAAUGUCAUGUGACAUGGUGACGUUUUGCAGCGCCUGCGAAAGUCUGACACAAUUUCUAACCAGCAUGCAUCACGUUAAGUCAGCGCUGCGCAGCGCCACAUGAAAUCAAACGCACCUAUUGAAAAGGUGGCGUUUCUGACCACCAGGUGGCACUAUAGAGCACAAAUAUGUUCACAUUAUUAUUCUACAGGCGGCGCUGCAACAAAUAAAGGCUGUGAAGAAGAAGAAGACAGCAAAUGAACAUGGAAACACUGCUGGGCUGCGGUCCAACAGUCUUUUUGCUCAGGAAGGUUCUGAGUGAACUGAAGUAUUUAGGCCGUGAUGAGGAAAGCAGCUUCUGUGCUUCCUUUCUUACCUCCUGUAGCGUAGGGUACACUGGAGCAUCCUUUACCACAGGAAAGGAGGUGAUGCUGUCCCACAAUUCCUUGCAACAUUUAAGGCGACGCAGCGUUGUAGCUUGGCAGACACAAGUAAAUGUAGAAACAGAGCACUUUAUUCUGUGACACGAUCCUUAAUGUCUGGAAAUCCUUCUGAUGACCUCUGAACCAUAAAUAGAUUCUUCUCUGUCAAAUCCAUCCAGUUACGAGGAAUCUAGAAAAACAAGCAUAUUGAAUUUCUAGUUAAUAAUUUCAUCAUCAUAAUAAAAUACUUUGCACAUAAAUGUCAUUGAAUGCACUUAAAAAUGAAUUUUCUCUAUUUAACAAAAAUUUAAAAGGGUCAAAGCACCAAAACCAGGAAACUUACCACUUGCUCACCUUAUUUUAAUUUAAUGAUAAUUUUAUUUGCUCAGCUUUCUGUACUUGUAUAUUUAUUUUUCUAUCUAUCUAUAUAAUUUUUAACCAUCUGUUUUGUUGUUACUUCCUGAGUAUUUGAAUACAUUAAAGUGUGAUUCUGUAUGACAGGAAACCUUAAACUUAAAUCUUCCAUGCGUUUUAGAUAAAGAUUUUUUUUCUCCCCCCUCCUCCCCCCCGGAUAUAAAUCUGUUCCGGAUCCUGGAGAUAGUUUAGUUUUCUGUCUGCAGAAUCUGAGAUGGUUUUUGGGUUUUGCUGAAGGACCCCAGUCCUCCUUGGUGUCCGGUGUCUCGCCCCUCCUCUCCGCCUCCCCCCUCCUCCCCCUCUGGUUUAUAAGUCCGUGCCGUCCCGGAUCCUGGAGGGUCUGCGGACAAGAAAGAGAAGAAGGAACCUGAGCAGCAGAAGGACUUCCAGUCUUAUAAAGAUGAACGUGUGCGUGCUGGUCCUGGGUCUGUCCCUGGUUCUGACCGUCUGUGUGGCCCGGUCUCCGUACCAGGCGGUCCUGCAGCACAGCCGGAUCAGAGGCCGGCAGCAGGGACCGAAUGUUUGCGCCAUGCAGCAGAUUAAAGGCAGUGACAAGAAAUAUUUCACUAACUGCAAACAGUGGUACCAUCGCAAGAUCUGCGGGAAACCCAC